AUGUUUGUCCUGUUGUUUCUAUCCUUCUUCUCCGCGUACCUAGCCUAUGAAUUGUACUGGAAGCGUCGGAAUCUGCCGCCCGGACCGUGUCCUCUUCCGAUUUUCGGGAAUUUGCUGUCACUGAACUACCCUCCACCUGGAUAUGCGGCAUUUGAGCGAUGGACGAGGCAGUUUGGAGAUGUGUACACGUUUUGGAUCGGUUCGUUCUUGCAGUAAUUCUAAACUUUUCCAAAUUGUAAUUUAUAGGAAACACCCCGCACAUCAUGGUGAACAGUUAUGAGAAGAUGAAGGAGACUUUCAUUCGGGACGGCGAUUUGUAUGCGAACAAGAAAAAUCCGCCGAUGUUGGAUUUGUUGAGAGGAGGAGAGUAUGGGGUUGUGGACACGAAUGGGGCCGUGUGGAGGGACCACCGAAGAUUCGCACUCUCCAGUUUGAGGGACUUUGGACUGGGCAAGAAUUUGAUGCAGGAGAAGGUACGAGUUCUCUGUAAACUUUGAAGAUUUCAUUGAUUUUGUGCAGAUUCUGUUGGAGGUUGAAGACGUUUUCAAAAAGUUCGAUGCAUCUGAAGGCUCCGAAGUUUCAAUUCCUCCGGUUUUCGAUAAUGCCAUCGCCAAUGUCAUCAAUCAACUGCUAUUCGGAUACCGAUUCGAUGAGGUUUCUCAAACUUUUAGGUUUCAUACUUUACAUUUUUAUUUCAGACAAGACAAGACGAGUUUAUAGCGCUCAAAAAGAUCAUCGACGCUCCUCCAGAACUAUUCGGACGUUUUCAUAUCUUUCUGGCGAUAAACCUUCCAGUUCUGGCCAAAUUCAUCCCGAAAAGUAUCUUCGAGAAGCCGUAAGUCUAUGCAAUCAUUACUGCUGUAACAUUUGAAUAAUUUAGGAUCAGAGAGUUUCGCGAGACCACAUUCGCCUUUUUCAACAAGCAAAUUGAAGAGCAUCGGAGGAGGGUGGACUUUUCUGAAACGGAAAACUCGGAUUACGUGGAAACCUUUCUAAAAGAGCAGAAGAAAAGAGAAGCGGACGGGGAUAGGGAGAUGUUCUGGUAAAGAAUUGAUACUAUACGAGUACCAAGGCUACUAUUUUCCAGUGACAAACAACUGGCAAACAUGUGUUUGGACCUCUGGUUUGCCGGAUUGGCCACCACAACGAAUACGGUCACCUGGGCGAUCAGUUACGUGCUGAACAGUCCGGAAGUUCAGGAGAAGAUGCACGAGGAGAUGGACAGAGUGAUCGGAAGUGAUCGGUUGGUCACCACUGCCGACAAGAACCGUCUUCCCUUCAUGAAUGCCGUUAUUAAUGUGAGUUUUAUCAACCUUUCAACCUUAAGGCCAACUUUUUCAAAUUCAGGAAUCCCAACGAUGUGCCAAUAUAGUGCCUCUAAACCUUCAACACGCCACCACCCGUGACACUAUCAUCAACGGCUACAAAAUCCCAAAAGGCACUGGAGUUGUGGCUCAAAUCAGCACAGUGAUGAACGACGAGAAGGUGUUCAAGCAACCGGAGACUUUUAAUCCGGAGCGCUUUGUGGAUGCGGACGGGAAAUUGAGAAAAGUGGAGGAACUGGUGCCGUUCUCGGUCGGAAAACGGCAGUGUUUGGGCGAAGGGCUCGCCCGCAUGGAGCUCUUCCUCUUCCUCGCCAACUUCUUCAAUCGAUAUCGGGUUUGCCGAUCGCUGAAACGUUGUUUCUAUUGUACAGAUUUCAGGUCUCACCUUCCGAAUCCGAAGGACGUCCGUCGUUGUCGAAAGAUUGCGGAAUCAUGGUCACACCACGCUUGUUUUCAGCGGUUUUGAAGAAAAGACGAUAA